UAGCAGUGGUUGUGUUCCAAGGGAAUUAUCCUCAUCCAGUCUUUGUCAAAUAGGAAAAUCCACUGUUCUCUUCUUCUGCUAUUGCUGCUGCUACGAUUACUACUGUGUUCAAGAGUACCGAAAACUGUGGAAGGAUGGAAGUUUCAGUCCACUCCCUGAAUGCUUCUCCACAGUUCCGAAGGACCCUUGAAACCUGUCCUUCUUCUACCUUGAGUUCACCAAGGUUUUAUCAGGAGAACAUCCCAGCUAUAGAAAUCCAUGUCCACUCCGACAGUGACCCAAAUUAUGCUUGCUUCUCUUCUGCACAUAACUUUUGCUCUCCAAUCCAAAGCUCACCAUUAAUGGACAUCAGAUUCCUCUUUAGGAACAGCCCACAGAAUCCUCAAAACACUCCUCAUCACCAGCUAUCUUCUUUUGCAUCUCCAGCCCAAAGUUCACCACUAAUGGACAUCAGGUUCCUCUUUAAGAACAGCCCGCAGAAUCCUCAAAACACUCCUCAUCACCAGCUCUCUUCUUUUGCAUCUCCAACCCAAAGUUCACCACUAAUGGACAUCAGGUUUCUCUUUAAGAACAGCCCACAGAAUCCUCAAAACACUCCUCAUCACCAGCUAUCUUCUUUUGCAUCUCCUCAAAUGGAUGUUACUACUGCAGUUCCAAGUGAUCCUACAAUGGAGACUGGCCGAACUAGGCUGUUGCCUAUCCCUCCAAUUGAGAUGGAAUUCAUCGAUCAAAAUGAGGAUGGACAGCUGGGAUGGAAGGAGGUAGAAAAGCAGUUUGACCAGUCAGAUUAUUCGCCAUGCAUCGACAUACAUGGAGUUGUAGAAAGGUCUUCACCGAAAACUGCUGAAAAUGACCUGCACACAAGUCCUGAGCUCCACCAAGCCUCUGAUUCUGGUUUCAGGCCUCCUAAGAUCAGAAUCGCCUUGGAAGCGAGUGGGAGAAAUUUCCACGGCAGGAUCACAGAGGAGGAGAUUAAGCAGGCUAUAUUGUAUGCCGCAUCCUUGAAUAGGCUCUCUUUAUCCCAAGACGAAGCCUGCGAGUGCGCGCGCCUGAUAAAAGAAGAGCUUGACGCAGACCAAGGAGCCGUUGAGCUACAGAGCACAGGAGACAAUUUAUCCAAAACAUCCCCGAUGCCGGGGACGCCGGCAAGCUAUCUGAGCCAUCCGAAGCAAUCACUAAUCACCGUCCUUUUCCGGGCCCAUUGGAGACAAGUAUGGGUGGUCUUGCUCUGGCUAGCUGCUUGCCUUGCUCUCUUUGUGUGGAAAUUCCUCCAGUACCGCCAUCGCUCAGCCUUCGAGGUUAUGGGAUACUGCUUGUGUACUGCGAAGGGUGCUGCUGAGACAUUGAAGCUUAAUAUGGCACUCGUCCUCCUCCCAAUAUCUCGUAACACCAUGACAUGGCUCCGUAAGCGCCGCUGGAUCAAUUCGACCAUCCCCUUCAAUGAUACUAUCAAUUUCCACAAGCUGAUCGCAGGUGGGAUUGUGAUUGGAGUGAUCCUCCAUGCUGGCACGCACCUUGCAUGCGACUUCCCAAGGAUUGUCAAUGCUAAAAGAUCGGUAUUCCAGCGAACAAUCGCAAAAGGCUUCCAUUACCGGCAGCCAUCAUACUUGGAGAUACUGGGGACUACUGAGGGUGCUACAGGGAUAGCAAUGGUGGUCCUGAUGAUUAUAGCAUUCCUUCUUGCCACAAGGCCAUCGAGAAGGCAGCAUGCAUCGUUGCCAUGGCCAAUUAGACGGUUUGCAGGCUUCAAUGCCUUCUGGUACUCACAUCACCUGCUUGUCCUGGUCUAUGUGCUGCUCAUCAUUCAUUCCAUGUUCCUCUUCCUCACCAAGGAUGUAACUGAGAAAACGACUUGGAUGUACCUCGUGAUACCGGUCCUGAUAUAUGCUGGGGAGAGGGUAUUCCGGAUAAUCCGCUCAGGAAUUUAUGAUGUCCAAAUUCUCAAGGCCACAAUUUAUUCUGGUGAAGUUCUGUCGCUGAAACUGCAAAAGCCUACAGGUUUCCAAUAUUGCAGCGGGAUGUACAUAUUUGUUCAAUGCCCUCAGAUUUCUACAUUUGAAUGGCAUCCAUUCUCACUUACAUCUGCGCCGGAUGAUGACCAUUUAAGCUUGCAUAUUAGAUCACUUGGAGAUUGGAGUUAUCAAAUUUACAGCCUUUUUCAAGAGGCAUUAGCCUCUGGCAAGGCCAAUUUCCCAAAAAUAUGCAUUGAUGGCCCUUAUGGUGCAGCCUCUCAGGAUCACUGCAAGUAUGACAACAUCCUGCUCAUCGGACUGGGCAUUGGGGCAACACCAUUCAUCAGCAUCCUCAAGGACAUUGCUAAUGGUCAACAAGGGCCACAACUAGAUACUGUAAAAGAUAUCAUGGCUCAUGAUGUUAAGGGCCCUACAAAAGCUUAUUUCUAUUGGGUAACACGAGAGCAGGGCUCAUUUGAGUGGUUUAGGGACAUCAUGAAGGAGGUUUCAAUUUUAAACAGGAAGAAAGGAGUAAUAGAAAUGCACAACUAUUUGACCAGCAUUUUUCAUGAAGGGGACAAGAGAUCGGCACUGAUAAGUGCAAUCCAAGCCCUUCAUUUCAUGAAGAGUGGCGUAGAUAUUAUCUCAAAGACUCCAGUUUGGACGCAAUUUGCUAGGCCAAACUGGUUCAAAGUCUUCUCUGGUUUGGCUACCAGACAUGGAGGGGAGAGGAUUGGGGUUUUCUAUUGUGGACCAGAAAAUUUGGGAAGAGAUUUGGAGAGAUUGUGUCACAAGAUGACUGCCCAAACCUCGACUAGAUUUGUAUUCCACAAGGAACACUACUAAAUGUACAACUAUGAGGAUUAUGCCCUAGAAUUUUUUUCUCUGUUAUUGGUGAGGGACCUAUCUUAGGUAGAUGUUGGACUGGUUCAAGGACUCAUCUUACAAUCACAGAGGAACCUUCCUAACCCAAUGUUACACUACAUAGAUCUUGUGAUCCAAGAAGCAAUUGUAAUAAGUACAGUUUUAUUCAAUAAUAAUGGUAAUAAUUAAUCAGAAUAUUGUUUAUCA